AUGAAGAAGGUCCUGGUGCUGAACGGCGACUCGUACGUUGGCCGCCAUGUUGUGAGGGCCUUCCACCAGUCGUACGAGUAUGAGGUCGAGAUCACGCGCACGCGCACUGACGAACGAGCGGCGACGACGGCGCAUGCGACGAUGAGGGCGACCUCGAGUGACUGGCUGUGGGGCCAGAUGAAAGGCCUGUGGGACUCGCUCGAGGAGUCGCUGGUCGCCGCUGCCGCCGCCGACGCCGCGGACGACUCUUCUGUCAUGCUUACAGGGGGAUCGCACCGCAAAAGCAUGCGGCAUGCCGCGCCCGCUGCUGGUGCGGCGCAGUUGCCCACAUCACCGCCACGCGCGGGCUUGUCCGCGGAGGAGCGAAAUACGUUACCGGCGGACAUCCAGUUUUGCGUGAGCAGCAUUGUUCCCAAGCACAACGACAACACGGAGGAGUUUCGAACGCGUCUGCUCGCCAACGACGUCGUCAUUGCGGUCCUGCAGGACGACACGUACGAGGCGAUGUGUGCCACGCGCAUUCUCGCUGGGACGCACUACGAUGUAGAGAAGACAUUUGUCCUAGUGUCAUCGGCCGUGACGUGGGCGGACACGCUGACAUCAGAGCGCGCGCGUGCUCGUACGAUGCGGCAGCGGGAGCGCGAGGAGGAGCGAAAUGCCUUCUUGGAGGAGCUCCUCGACGCUGAGGAUGAGGAGAAAGACGACGGGGAUGCCCUCGGCGAGGGCGCUGCUGCCGUGGCGGAGAGAGAGGCGCGUCGUGCGGCACGUCGCAGAGAGCUAGAACAGCGCCUCCCUCUCUCUCUGCGCGAGCCUGCCGCCGGCGAGGACGAGGCCGAGCUCUGCGAGCUUGUCCCGAACCGAGUCUUCACUGACGACGCCUACGCUCAGCGUGUGCCGCACCCGCGUUUUCAGCACUGGCACUCGCUGGAGCACCUCGUGAAGCGCUCCAACACCGAGACGCUGCACACCUACGUCGUCUUCGCAGGUCUCCCGUACGGCGCUGGCGAAGGGUCGGACAUGCUGUUCGGGCUCCUGCGCAGCGCCUGGCACCACCAGGUUCUGCCGCAGUACGGUGCCGGCGUGAAUGAGAUCCCCAUGAUCCACGUGCAGGACUUGGCCUCGAUCCUUUACAAGGUCGGCAGCGCCUACGACGUGCUUGAGGAGCGGUACAUGUUCGCCGUUGACCAGGGCCACGUCACGCAGCGGCAGUUGCUGCAAGCGGUGCAGGCGCGCUUUGGUGGGUCUGUGCAACCAGCUGUCGCGGUGUCCUCGUCAGUGGCCAACGCUACUGCAGUGGAUUUGGUGCGCCUCGAUCAGCUGGAGCUGCCGCCGCCGACCAGCCCUCAAGAGCUGUUCGCCGCGUUUGGCAACAAGCCGUGCUGGGGCGAUGGCGGGGCUCUCUUGACCGCCCUAGUGCUCUCCGACAUCCGAGCGGAGCCCUCCACUGUGCUGACGAUGCACGCGGAGGACGAUUGGGUGGCCCUCGAUGGCUUCCUUGCCACCCUUGAUGUCACAUGCGCGCAGUUCCGCGCUGCGCACGCGGAGGCGUUCAAGCCGGUCCGCGCUCUCAUCACGGGGCCACCGCUGAGCGGGGCGGAAACCGUUGCUGCUCUACUGGCGCAACGGUGCCGUGCGCCGUGCGUGUCGCGCGAGAACAUUGUUGCGGACUAUAAAGCGCACGUGGCAGAUGUACGCGCCGCGCUGCGAGGCCUGCUUAUGCGACGCCUACAGCGCCGUCGUGCCAGGGCGCAGGCUCGGCUGGUGCGUCAGGCAGCGGAGGAGAAGGCCGCUGAGCGCCUGGCAAAGGAGGAGCAGCGGCGCCAGAGGCGAGAGGAGCGGCAGCAGCGCGGCGACACAGACGAUGACAGCGGCGGCGAGGAAGAGCUGGAUGAAGAGGGGCCGGCCACUGAGGAGGAGAGUGAGGUCGGCGGCGCAGCGUCCGAGGUGGCAUCCAGCGCAUCUCUGAUGUCUAUCUUUCUUCCGCCGAUCACCAAAAGCGGUGAUAGCGGUAGCGACGAUGAGGAGGAGGACGCGAUGCAGCCACAACAGCAGCAGCAGCAGCAACAGCCUCUGCGACCCAUUGCGUUGGCUGUGAACGAGGCAUACAUCCGCGGCCCCGCCGUCGGCGUCGGCGGCGACGAGGAGGGCGGCGCCGGGAUCGAUGAGGAGCAAGAGGAGGACGAGGACGAUGGGGAGGAGGGCGGCAGCUGGCUUGCCCAGCUCGACGCACAGGAUGAGGUGGCGCAAUCAGAAAUGCAAGAGGACCGUGAACUGCUGCCUCCUGUCCCCCUCUCCGCCGCCGCGGGCGACGCAGCGCUGCCUUUACUCGCUCUACCGCGGUUUGCUGCCCGCAGCCGUGGCCGUGCCUUUGCGCGCGAUGUGGACCGACAGGAGCUGCGGUGCAUUGCGGCGCUCCGUCAGGAGUACCUUCUCGGUCUGAAGGUGCUGGCGCUAAAGGUGUCGGCCGAGGGACGACUGCCACGUCCGCCACCCACUCCAGCGGUGUCGGAGGACGAUGGCGGAUACGACUACGAGGAUGGCCGCGGCGGCACCAGCGAUGGUAGCGACGAGGGCAGCGACGAGGGCAGCGGGCAGGACAGCGACGAGGAGGGGGAUGAGGAGGCGCCGAGUGAUGGCACGCCUCAGGCAUCGCUGGAGGGCAGAAACGACGACGCCGAGGAGGGCGAGGACGAGAACGACGAUUACGAGUCGGCCGACCCCGGCGACGACACAAACCCGCUCCUCGCGAUCGACCCCGCUGACGACGGCUCCGCAUACCUCGACUGUGCGCUCGCCUUCAUGUGUCGGUGGCGCUUGCGUCAGUCGGAUUGCCGCUGCCAAGGCUACAUCCUCAGCGACUUCCCGCAGACGUUAGCGCAGGCCGUCUUGUGCUUCCGCGCGAAUGAGGCGGAACUCGAGGAUGCCGAGCUGCGCCGCCAACGUGUUCUCGCCCCGCUGCUGGCACGCUCUGACGACCACGCUGCGGAAGACCCACAUGACGCGGACGGCGAGGAUGGCGGGGCUCUAGCUCCCAUCGAUGCGGAUUUUCCUCUGCCUGACAUCGCCAACAUGGAGGAGGAGGAGCUGCUGGCGCUGGAGCGGGCUCAUCGCCGUGGCCGCGGCCCGGCAGGUUGCAGCAGCGCCGUCUGUGAGGUGGAGUCAACGGAUGACUUGACGGAGGGGGUGGCCGCCAGCGGCGAUGCGGAGACCGUGAUAGAGCCUGUGGACGAGUCUCUCUUCGUAGAUCAUGUCGUGGUGCUUCAGGCCGACCCGGCUGCUUUGCGCGCCACGAUGGAUGCGCUACAGACAAACCUGGAUUUGGCUGCCGAGCAGCAGGCAUCAUUGACGUCUCAGAGCGGUGCAGCUGCUAUAGGGUCGGCAGGGGCGGCGCUUGCCGCGCUUCGCGCCUCGCUGCACGCCAUCCCAUACUAUGCGCAGCUGGAGUGGUACAUGGAUCAUCACACCGCCGCUUCUCCUCCGACCCAGUCGCUGCUGUCGUGGCUCAGCGCCAUCACGACGACACCCGCGUUGGGUGUGCAGCACGCGCGGGUUAUCGUCCCCCUUAGCACCAGUGAUGGUGCCGCUGACGGUGAGGACGCGGAUGGAGUCGCUGUAACUACUAUGGAGGCUCCCCCAACAACUCGCAUCGCGCACAUGCACUUCAUGCCGAUGCCGGUGCUGAACACGGAGGAGGUCAAAGCAUGCUGGUGCGCGGCGAGCGAGCGGAAGGCGCAAGAUGGCGCGAGGGCGGCGGGGGUUGGCAUGGCGGCACGCACGGUGGCAAACCGCACAUGCGGUGAUGAGUGCGGAUCCGCGUUGGUGGACACCAAGCUGCCGGUGGCGCUGAUGCGCCUCGCACCGCUCUGCUGGACCGGUGCCGCGGCCCCGCAGUCCCCACUACUUCCCAGCCAGGCUCCUUCUCCCUCAGCGCACACCCCGAGCCCUCGUGGCAGCUGCGCCACGUCGCGGCGCACACCACCGCCGGCUGCAUCUCUCGCGGCUCUUGCGCAGGAUCUGUGCACACGUAUUGCACCCGUGCGCCGAGAGCCCGCAGCUGCGGCUACGACUACAGCUACGGCGACGCCAGCAGCAUCCGCCGAAACGGACGGGGUAUCGGACACGAGCGCCAAGACGGCCCCGCCGCUCCUGGUGGACGCCGCCGCACCAGCAAGUCAAGUGGAUGUCGCGGCAGCAUCUGAACCACCAACUGACGCUCCUUUGAAAGCAGCGGCUGCCAGCGUCUCAGACGCUGCUGCUACUGCUGCUGUGGAGGAGGAGCGGCAGGCGAGACUUGCCGCUUGCUCUGAGGGCGAGGCGUCCCAGAUCCUGCACGAGUUGGCCUCCCUGCGUCGUCUGCAGAUCGUCGAGAGCAGCCCUGACACGGCGGAGAUGCUGGGAAUGCCGGUGGAGACGUACUUGAUGACGUAUGUGAUGCCGAAUGUGACUCCUGUCAUGACGGACGUGGUGCGCAUGCGACCAAACGACCCAGUCUCCACGCUAGCUGACGCCCUCUUCGAGCGUCGCCGCCGCGUGACGCUUUAG